AUGGUGGAACGGUUUCUUGAAGUGUUCAUGGACUAUUUCUCCGUUUUUGGCUCUUCUUUUGAUGAUUGUCUUUCUAACCUUUCUCUUGUUUUGCAGCGAUGUCAAGACAAUAACCUAGUGCUAAACUGGGAGAAGUGUCAUUUUAUGGUUCAAGGGGGCAUAGUUCUUGGACAUCGGAUUUUGAGGAAAGGAAUUGAAGUGGAUCGAGCCAAAACUGAAGUGAUUAAAAAGUUGCCACCUCCAACAAAUGUCAAAUUUAUCCAGAGUUUCUUGGGACAUGCAAGGUUCUACGGCAGAUUUAUCAAGGAUUUCUCUAAGAUUUCUAAACCCCUGUGCAAUUUGUUACCUAAAGAUGCACUAUUUGAUUUUAAUGAUGAUUGUAUGCAUGCUUUUCAGACUCUUAAGCAAUUAUUAGUAUCUGCGCAUAUUAUUAUGGUUCCCGAUUGGGAACUUCCAUUUGAAUUAAUAUGUGAUGCUAGUAAUUAUGCAAUAGGGGUAGCCUUAGGGCAAAGAAAGAAUAAAGUUUUGCAUGUGAUACAGUAUGCUAGUAGAACAUUGAUUGAUGCACAAUUGAAUUACACUACCACUGAAAAAGAGCUUUUGGCAGUUGUUUAUGCAUUUGACAAAUAUAGCUCAUAUUUGAUAGGUGCCAAGGUCAUUAUCUAUAGGGAUCAUUCAACGCUCAAGCAUCUUUUGGCAAAGUGUGUGGCAGAAGAAGAAAUGGAGAGCAUAUUGUGGCAUUGUCAUGAAAAGGAAGUUGGUGGUCACUUUAGAGGAACAAGAACUGCAGUGAAAGUCCUUCAAUCUGGAUUUUAUUGGUUGAAUCUUUUUAAGGAUGCCUUUAGAGUUGCUCAAGAGUGUGACCAAUGUCGAGAAUUUUCAAGAAAGAAUGAAAUGCCCUUGAACAAUAUUUUGGUUGUGGAACUUUCUGAUGUUCCCUUCCCAAAUUCAUUCAGGAACACCUACAUUUUGGUUACGGAGGACUACAUGUCAAAGUGGGUAGAAGCAGUUGCAUUACCUUCCAAUAAUGCUAAAGUAGUGCAAUUUGAAGCUUUAUUGGGAAAAUAUGGGGUGACACAUCAAGUGGCUACACCUUACCAUCCUCAAACAAGUAGACAAGUUGAAUUGUCAAACAGGGAAUUGAAGAAAAUUCUAGAGAAGACGGUAAAUGCAUCAAGGAAAGAUUGGUCAUGGAAGUUAGAUGAUGCAAUGUGGGCAUACCGGACGGCAUUUAAAACACCAAUUGGAAUGUCCCCAUGUCGUCUUGUGUUUGGUAAAGUGUGCCACUUGCCUGUGGAAUUGGAGCAUAGAGCUUAUUGGGCAGUAAAAAUGUUGAAUAUGGAUUUACAAGCUGUUGGAGAAGAAAAGAUGUUUCAACUAAAUGAAAUGGAUGAGUUUCGCCACCAAGCAUAUGAAAAUGCAAGAAUUUAUAAGGAGAAAACCAAAAUGUGGCAUGACAAGCAUAUAUUGAAGAAGAACUUUGAAGUGGUUAGAAAGUUUUGCUCUACAACUCAAGACAUGGGCUUUUUCUCAGAAAACUUAAGUCAAGAUGGUCCGGACCCUUGA